GCAAACGCAAGAAUUUACUCCUCAGGUGUGUGAUUCUGCAUGGAACUCGUACGGCGCAGCAACAUAGCGCGCAACUUACUGCUGGUAUAUUUAAAAAGGAUAACAGGAAAACUUUCCUCGCCUUUUCCUCUCGCUUUACACAUUCCUGUGUUCUCCGGAGCUGAGCAUUUGAGCCACGAGGAAAGCAACAGAAACUUCACGGCAACUCUCUUCAGCUUUUGUUUUUCUGGUAAUGGAUCCUUUCCAGUACUCCUCCCAUGGCCCACACGCCUUCCGUGUGGUGCCCAUGACACAUCUAGCCACACCCGCAGAAAACGGAAUGUCGGCUUCCAUAAGAGAAGCACGACACGCACCUUCACAGGCGUCGGUCACUGGUCCCCUUCGCUGCGGCUCCACUGUCUUGAAUCGCGCCGAGCUACACGCCGGCACUGAAGCGGACAGCGGCGGCAGCGUCGACAACGUGCGCAAGUGGCUCCAAUUUGGCCUUCGUAUGGCACCGCCAGAACUGCCGCCAUCUCUUUCCGACUCAUCAGCACCGUCCUCAUCCAAUCAACAACUGUUGAGAGGAAACUGGCAAGGUGGCCAAGUAGCACCGACGUCGCACCGUCGCCGUACAGAAAAAGAAAUGGAAGCUUCGGCGAGCAGCGCCGGCGCUGUCGCUGUACACCAUUCACAUGCGUGCGGCUCUCCCCCUGUUCCACGCGGCACCGUGAAAGAAAGCAUUGAGCUCCGCAGUCCCUCGCCGGUACGCUACUCGCGUGCGAAGGGGUUAACUGUCGUAGAAGUCGUCGACGUGGAGGAUGGUGACCAUCGCACGCUCGCGGCACUGCACGAUCGGCCGCCCUCCAGUCCCACACCGGCGGCCCCCGUGACACCGUCGGAGUCGUCCACCGCCCCCGCUGCCGAUCGUAAAGAAACGGCCAGCGCCGAAGCGGUGCGUCGCCUUCAGAUCAGUCUUGCGCAACUCUCGGAGAAGGUGCAGCACAGCACCGAAGAGCAGCGCUGUGGACCACCGAAGUGCAGCGGCGGGGGCGGGGGAAGGGGGAAGCCGGCGUGGGCCUCUAAGAAACGGGGCAGCGCAACGGGCAACAAGACGGGGACCAAGGAUAAAGCCGAUCUGUGCGACGACGACGACGGCAGCGAAGGCGCGACUCUGGCAAGCGAUUCAGGCAACGGUAGGAACGGGAAAGGGGCCCGCAAGCGCGGCAGAGCGGCCACCGGCAGCGGCGCCUCCGUCGAUGCUGCAGCCAAAAAAGGAGGCAAGGGUAAGCGUGCUGUGGCGGCGACGGAUUCGCGUGAUGGCAGCUCCACUGUGCCGCGCACCCUUUUCUCCUUUUCCACCAGCGCCGCAGCAGGGGACGUCGGGAGGGCGUUGGCGGGCCUCCAAGGCGCACCGACGGCUGCAGCCACAGUGUCCGUCCCUUUCUUUUACUUGCAAUCCAGCACCGAGGACCUCUUCUUCGAUGUCCGUCGCACUCUCAACGAUCCAGACCGCAUUCAGGCCCCGCCGCUGUUUGUGGGCAUCUCAACCCUGGCCAACGACGGCGGUGGUGGCGCGCCGCUUGUGGAAUGUCGCACCAAUUUUACCUAUCACCGCAACGCCUCCAAGACGGUGAAGGGGCGGGCGUCGAGCUGCUUUGCCUCCAUCGACCCCGUCUACAGCCAUCACCACGUCGAGCUUGUCAUGGCGCGCUGGAAGGACGCCGUGUACGCGCUGCCCGCCCACACGGUUGGAUUUCCGUUUCUGUGCAGGGUGCUGACGGAGCUACCCGGCGUCGAGGUCAUCACCUUCAACGCGCAGGCGGUGCUGGUGGCUCUCGUGGCGCACUGCAAAGGCACGCUGUGGUCGCACUGCGUUAGCGACGUCCGCGUGAUGGCGUGGAUGGCGCAGCUGCACAUCGGCUGCACCUCCACCCAGUCGCAGCGCUCUGCGUUCGCACCCCCACCUGUCAGCACCACCACCGCGGCGGCCGCCGAUGGAGGAGGGGAUGCGGACAUGAACGUGCUCUAUGACUACGAUCAGCUGCUGCUGCGCGUGUCGGCUGGCAAGCCGCCGCCGUCGGUGAUGCUGGAGAAGACGAGUGACACAGACUCCUGCAGCGCCAACAGCUCCAUACACGCAGCGCACCCCUUCGCUGCGCCACCGUCGUCGAAUGCCGAGGCCCCCGCCCCUCCGCUGACGCCGGCGCAACGACUGCUCGCGCAGCAGGUGUACUAUCUCGCCACCGUGUACCGCAGCCUCUACGGUCUCCUGGGCAGCAAAGGUCUCCUGCAGGCCUUCUUGCGCCAGGAGAAGCGUAUUGCCCUCUUGCUAGCGCUGAUGCGGUACAACGGCAUCGGUGUGGACUUGCCCGAGGUACACCGCUAUCAGAAAGCCUGCGAGGCCGAAAUGGCCCGUCAGCGCCACCUUGCAGCGACGCUGGUGCCGGAGAUGGGCGACGAUUUCAACAUCCAGAGCCACGACCAGUGUCGCCGUGCGCUUUACGAGGUCCUCCAGCUUGGCAAGUUCUUGACGGCGAAGAUGCCGGGCGGUGGAGACGCCGCGGCAGGGUCGGGAAUCACCAUCACUAAAGGCGGCCGUCUCUCCACGGCGGAAGACACCUUGCGUGCCCUCGCCCCGCACCACGAAUUUCCCGCAUGUCUGCUGAAGUACCGCAAGGCAUCGAAGCUGAUGCAAACGUACGUCGAAGGAAUGAUGGGUUACGCCAUUGUUCGCCCGGAGACGACGAGCACGAGUUCCACCGGUGCUUCCAUGGCAGGGGCGGCGGCAGCGGCGUUGAAAGCAGGCUCCCCGGUGCGGCUUGUCUCAAGGGAGAACUCAAUGGCUCAGGUGGAGCCGCAGCUGCUAGGCGAGACGGUCGAUGCGAACGACGCAGGCAACCCUUUUGUGGACCGCCAGCUGAACGCGGGAGUUGAAGCCAAUCACUGUACUGGCGGUCGCUUUUCCCCAGGAGCUACGUCUCCGGACAACCCCAGCUCACGACUGAGCGCCGACGAGGAGGCGAGUGUGACCGCCAUCAGCGAUCAUCUCACGCUGCCCGGCCGCGGCUACGCCACGAUUCACCCGAAUUUUCUCCAAGAAGGCACCGACACUGGCCGCCUGUCGUGUGUAGAGCCAAAUCUCCAGAACCUACCACGGAACGGUGGGACGAGCAUGCCCGUUACCACCACUGCAACAGACGAGGAGGAAGGAGACGAAGACUUGCUCGGCUUCCGGCGGUGCUUUAUCGCGCCAGAAGGGUCCGCGUUGCUCUCGGUCGACUACCAGCAGAUUGAACUCCGCGUCCUUGCCCACCUGUGUGGGGAUAAAGCCCUCAUUGCUUCCCUCACCCAAUCCACCGACAUUCAUCGGGCCAUUGCGGAGGUCGUUUUCAAGAAGAAGCCAGUCUCGUCCGAGGAGCGCACGCUGGCGAAGCGCGUCGUCUUCGGCACCCUCUACGGGGCAGGGCCCAAGACCCUUGCCGCCCACAUGGGCGUGAGCGUGGAGCGUGCGCUGCACAUCACCUCGCUCCUCACCAACGCCUUUCCGGGCAUCGAGACGUACCACCGCCGCGUUAUUGAAGAGAGCCGCGCGAAUGGGUUUGUGCGGACCAUCAGCGGUCGACUGCGCUACCUGCCCGAUAUUCAGAGUACCGUGAUGUCGCGUCGCUCCUACGCCGAGCGACAGGCCUUCAACAGCGUGGUGCAAGGCAGCGCGGCGGACGUGAUGAAGAUGGCUAUGCUCGCCGUUGCGAAGGAGGUGCUGCAGCGGUACAGUCGCGAUGACGUCCGUCUUAUCUCUCAGAUCCACGACGAGAUGGUUUUUACGCUGCGCAAGGAGCUACUCCCCACGUUAGUUCCGAUUAUUUCCUCAGCCAUGUCGCAUGCAAUGCACCUACUCGUACCGCUGAGCGUGACAGUCCAAUUCGGACCCUCGCUUGGAGAGCUCAGAGAAUGGUCCGUAGAGCACGAUCUGGGGCUUGGCGUUGACGGCUAG